GCCCCGUCUGGGUCCUCCCUUUGCAGCCCGUGCGGGGCCGUCCCGGAGACCCCGCGCCGACGGCUGCUCAAACAUCAGGAUUCGGGAUGCCCAAGCGAUGAAACCCAGGCAACUGUUCUAAAAUCUGGGGCAAAAUAGCUGGAAUUUGGAGCACUGGUGUCAAGCAUUUGGGCUGGCCCCCAAAAGGACGCUCUCCAAGUCCCCUGCGGGGGGCCCCGCGUAGACCUGGAGCGGACACCCCCUCCUUCCCUUCAUGAUUCGUUUGUAGCACAGUGGCGAUGGAUGAUGAGGACGGGAGAUGCUUACUGGACGUGAUUUGUGACCCUCAGGCCCUCAACGACUUCUUGCAUGGAUCCGAGAAGCUUGAUAGUGAUGACCUCCUGGACAAUCCCGGGGAGGCCCAAAGUGCCUUCUAUGAAGGCCCGGGGCUCCACGUGCAAGAAGCCUCCGGUAACCACCUGAACCCGGAGCCCAGCCAGCCGGCCCCCAGCGUGGACCUGGACUUCCUGGAAGAUGACAUCCUGGGCUCGCCCGCCGCCGGGGGCGGGGCGGCGGGCGGCGGGGGCGCUGACCAGCCCUGCGACAUCCUCCAGCAGAGCCUCCAGGAGGCCAACAUCACGGAGCAGACGCUGGAGGCCGAGGCCGAGCUGGACCUGGGCCCCUUCCAGCUGCCCACGUUGCAGCCGGCGGACGGUGGGGCAGGCCCGGCGGGGGCCGCGGGCGCUGCCGCCGUGGCCGCGGGGCCCCAGGCCCUGUUCCCUGGCGGCGCAGACCUGCUGGGGCUGCAGGCCCCGCCCACCGUGCUGACGCACCAGGCCCUGGUGCCGCCCCAGGACGUGGUCAACAAGGCUCUGAGCGUCCAGCCCUUCCUGCAGCCCGUGGGCCUGGGCAACGUGACCCUGCAGCCCAUCCCGGGCCUCCAGGGCCUGCCCAACGGCAGCCCUGGGGGUGCCACGGCGGCCACGCUCGGCCUGGCGCCCAUCCAGGUGGUCGGCCAGCCGGUCAUGGCGCUCAACCCGCCCGCCUCUCAGCUCCUGGCCAAGCAGGUGCCUGUCAGCGGCUACCUGGCCUCGGCGGCCGGCCCCUCAGAGCCGGUGACCCUGGCCUCGGCCGGCGUCUCCCCACAGGGGGCCGGCCUGGUCAUCCAGAAGAGCCUCCCGGCCGCCGUGGCCACCACGCUCAACGGGAACUCCGUGUUUGCGGGCACGGGCGCCGCCACGGCCGUGGCCGGCGGGACACCCUCGGGACAGCCGCUGACGGUGGCCCCGGGCCUCGGCGCGGCGCCGCUGGUCCCGGCACCCAACGUCAUCCUGCACCGCACGCCCACGCCCAUCCAGCCCAAGCCGGCCGGGGUCCUGCCCCCCAAGCUCUACCAGCUGACGCCCAAGCCCUUCGCGCCAGCCGGCGCCACGCUCACCAUCCAGGGCGAGCCGGGCGCGCUGCCGCCGCAGCCCAAGGCGCCGCAGAACCUGACCUUCAUGGCGGCGGGCAAGGCCGGCCAGAACGUGGUGCUGUCCGGCUUCCCCGCGCCGGCCCUGCAGGCCAGCGUGUUCAAGCAACCGCCCGCCACCACGACCGGGGCGGCGCCGCCGCAGCCGCCGGGGGCGCUGAGCAAACCCAUGAGCGUGCACCUCCUGAACCAGGGCAGCAGCAUCGUUAUCCCCGCACAGCACAUGCUGCCCGGCCAGAACCAGUUCCUGCUGCCGGGCGCCCCCGCCGCCGUGCAGCUCCCGCAGCCGCUCUCCGCCCUGCCGGCCAACGUGGGCGGGCAGAUCCUGGCGGCGGCGGCCGCAGCGCCCCACGCGGGCGGACAGCUCAUCGCCAACCCCAUCCUCACCAACCAGAACCUGGCGGCUCCGCUGAGCCUGGGCCCCGUGCUGGCCCCGCCGUCGGGCGCGCACAGCGCCGCGCACAUCCUCUCGGCCGCACCCAUCCAGGUGGGGCAGCCUGCGCUCUUCCAGAUGCCCGUGUCGCUGGCGGCGGGCAGCCUGCCCACGCAGAGCCAGCCGGCGGCCGCGGGGCCCACCGCCACCACCGUCCUGCAGGGUGUCACCCUGCCCCCCAGCGCCGUGGCCAUGCUCAACGCCGCCGAUGGGCUGGUGCAGCCCGCCACACCUGCUGCCGCUGCCGCCGGGGAGGCCACCCCAGUCCUCACGGUGCAGCCCACGCCGCCAGCACCGCCCGCAGCCAGCACACCGCUGCCCCUGGGCCUCCAGCAGCCGCAGGUGCAGCAGUCCCCGCAGGCCACGGCCCCUCCGGCCACCGCCCCACCUCAGGCCAGCACCCCCCAGCCCAGCCCGGGCCUGGCGUCCAGCCCGGAGAAGAUGGUCCUCGGCCAGCCGCCACCUGCAGCCACCACAGCCAUCCUCACUCAGGACUCCGUGCAGAUGUUCCUGCCCCAGGAGAGGAGCCAGCAGCCUCUCUCCACAGAGGGCCCCCACCUCUCCGUGCCCGCCUCGGUCAUAGUCAGCGCCCCGCCUCCUGCCCAAGACCCAGCCCCGGCCACCCCCGUCGCCAAAGGAGCUGGCCUCGGCCCUCAGGCCCCCGACAGCCAGGCUUCCCCGGUGCCGGCCCCCCAGAUCCCGGCAGCCGCUCCACUGAAGGGCCCCGGCCCCUCCUCGUCCCCUUCGCUACCUCACCAGGCCCCCCUGGGGGACAGCCCCCACCUGCCCUCCCCGCACCCUGCCCGGCCCCCCUCCCGCCCGCCCUCCCGCCCCCACUCGCGCCCGCCCUCCCAGCCCCAGAGUCUGUCCCGCCCGCCCUCGGAGCCUGCCCUGCACCCCUGCCCGCCACCCCAGGCCCCACCCGCUCUGCCGGGCAUCUUCGUGAUCCAGAAUCAGCUGGGUGUCCCCCCGCCUGUCAGCACCCCAGCCCCCACCGCCCCAGGCCCCCAGCCACCCGAGGGGCCGCUGCCUGCCGCCUCCCACCUCCCUCCAGCCUCCACCUCCGCUGCUGCCGCCGCCGCCUCCUCCGAGGCGUCCACCAGGCUGCAGGCCCCCGCGCCAUCUGACUUCCAGCUUCAGUUCCCGCCCGGCCAGGGGCCCCACAAGUCCCCCACGCCCCCGCCGACCCUCCACCUGGUCCCCGAGCCCACGGUGCCCCCGCCGCCUCCGCGGACCUUCCAGAUGGUGGCCGCCCCCUUCCCGACCCUGCCCCAGCCGAAGGCCCUCCUGGAGAGAUUCCACCAGGUGCCGCCCGGGAUCCUGCUCCAGAACAAAGCGGGCGGGGCACCCGCCGCCCCACAGACCCUCACCAGCCCCACUGCCUCGGUGCUGGUCAGCAGCCAGGCCCCCUCCGGGACCCCUGCUGCCCCCAGCCACGCCCCUGCCCCAGCACCCAUGGCCACGACAGGCCUCCCUCUGCUUCCCGCCGAGAGCAAAGCUUUCGCCAGCAGCCUUCCGACCCUGGGCGUGGGCAAGGCUAACACUUCCGGGCUGCAGCUGAAGAAAGCCCCCGCCCUGCAGCCCAGCAAGGAGGCCUGUUUCCUGGAGCAUUUGCACAAACAUCAGGGCUCCGUCCUGCACCCCGACUGCAAGACCGCCUUCCCCUCCCUGCGGGACGCGCUGCAGCGCCUGCUGCCCUACCACGUCUACCAGGGCGCCCUCCCCUCCCCCAGCGACUACCACAAAGUGGACGAGGAGUUCGAGACGGUGUCCACACAGCUACUGAAACGCACCCAGGCCAUGCUCAACAAAUACCGGCUCCUGCUCCUCGAGGAGUCCCGGAGGGUGAGCCCCUCGGCUGAGAUGGUGAUGAUCGACCGGAUGUUCAUUCAGGAGGAGAAGACCACCCUUGCCUUGGAUAAACAGCUGGCCAAGGAGAAGCCCGACGAGUACGUGUCUUCCUCUCGCGCCCUCGGCCUGCCCGCGUCCGCCGCCUCCGACGGCCACCGGCUCCCAGGCCAUGGCUCCGCGGCAGCCUCCGCCGCCUCGGCCCAGCCGCCGCCACCACACCUGCCCACCAAGCUCGUGAUCCGGCACGGCGGGGCGGGCGGCUCCCCGUCGGUGACCUGGGCGCGGGCCUCCUCCACCGCCUCGUCCCUGGACGCCGACGAAGACGGCCCGAUGCCCUCCCGCAACCGCCCGCCCAUCAAGACCUACGAGGCGCGGAGCCGCAUCGGGCUCAAGCUCAAGAUCAAGCAGGAGGCGGGGCUCAGCAAGGUCGUGCACAACACGGCGCUGGACCCGGUGCACCAGCCGCCGCCGCCACCCGCCGCACCCCAGAGCGCCGAGCCCCCGCCGCGGCCGCCGCCGCCCCCACCGCCGCCGCCCCCGCCGCCGCCGCCGGCCCCCGGCCAGAUGAACGGCACGGUUGACCACCCGCCGCCGCCUGCAGCCCGCAAGCCGCCUGGGCCCGCGGCGCACGGGCCGCGCCUGCCGCUGCGCAAGAGCUACCGGGAGCACACGGCCGCCAGCCCCGCGCCGCCGCCCGCCAAGGUGGACGAGGCCACGAGCGGGCUCAUCCGCGAGCUGGCGGCCGUGGAGGACGAGCUGUACCAGCGGCUGCUCAAGGGCGCUGCGCCCGGCGAGCCCGUGGCCGCCCACGCCGGCGGCGCGGCGCAGGGCGGGGACCCCGGCUGGGAGGCGCCCGCGCCGCCGCCCAGCAAGCGGCGCAAGUCGGAGUCUCCGGACGUCGACCAGGCCAGCUUCUCCAGCGACAGUCCGCAGGAUGACGCGCUCACGGAGCACCUGCAGAGCGCCAUCGACAGCAUCCUGAACCUGCAGCAGGCGCCCGGCCGGCCGCCCGCGCCCGCGCCCGCCGCCUCGCCGCCGCCCCCGCACAGGCCCGAGGCCUACCCGCCCUCCAGCCACAACGGCGGCCUGGGCGCCAGGACGUUGAACAGAUAACAGCGGGCCGCCCGGGACCCGCCCAUCUCCCCCGCCUAAGUUAUUGCCUUCGUAAAGGCCGCCAA